AGAGGGGCCGCCGGCCCAAAGGAGGCUUCGGUGCAAACUCGCAUAAAGGGGUAAAGAACGACAGCCGAGAGAGAAGAGAGAGGCGGUACAUCGGGGAAACUCGGCCACGUAGGCCGAGAGGCAGCAAAGACCAAAGAAAAGACAGAAAAAGCCACCGCCAAAAAGGCCCACACUAUAAAAUACUAGGCCGGCCACCGUUGGCCGGCACGAUUCCCAGACAGGAAGAAAGAGGGGCCGUCGCCCCAAAGGAGGCUUCGGUGCAAACUCGCAUAAAGGGGUAAAGAACGACAGCCGAGAGAGAAGAGAGAGGCGGUGCAUCGGGGGAAACUCGGCCACGUAGGCCGAGAGGCAGCAAAGACCAAAGAAAAGACAGAAGAAGCCACCGCCAAAAAGGCCCACACUAUAAAAUACUAGGCCGGCCACCGUUGGCCCGCACGAUUCCCAGACAGGAAGAAAGAGGGGCCGCCGGCCCAAAGGAGGCUUCGGUGCAAACUCGCAUAAAGGGGUAAAGAACGACAGCCGAGAGAGAAGAGAGAGGCGGUACAUCGGGGAAACUCGGCCACGUAGGCCGAGAGGCAGCAAAGACCAAAGAAAAGACAGAAAAAGCCACCGCCAAAAAGGCCCACACUAUAAAAUACUAGGCCGGCCACCGUUGGCCGGCACGAUUCCCAGACAGGAAGAAAGAGGGGCCGUCGCCCCAAAGGAGGCUUCGGUGCAAACUCGCAUAAAGGGGUAAAGAACGACAGCCGAGAGAGAAGAGAGAGGCGGUACAUCGGGGAAACUCGGCCACGUAGGCCGAGAGGCAGCAAAGACCAAAGAAAAGACAGAAAAAGCCACCGCCAAAAAGGCCCACACUUUAAAAUACUAGGCCGGCCACCGUUGGCCGGCACCCUUCCCAGAGAAAGAGAGAGAAGACCAAAAAAAAGGAAAUGUGGGCCCAAGCCCCUCAGACCCGGGGGGCCGGCCACCGUUGGCCGGCCCCACGCCCACACGCCGCAACCCACGGGGAAGGGCAGGCUUUCUUCACGUCUGCUUGCAAAAUGUGGGCCCAAGCCCCUCAGACCCGGGGGGCCGGCCACCGUUGGCCGGCCCCACGCCCACACGCCGCAACCCACGGGGAAGGGCAGGCUUUCUUCACGUCUGAUUGCAAAAUGUGGGCCCAAGCCCCUCAGACCCGGGGGGCCGGCCACCGUUGGCCGGCCCCACGCCCACACCGCUGGACCCACAGGGGGAAGGGCAUGCUUUCUUCACGUCUGCUUGCAAAAUGUGGGCCCAAGCCCCUCAGACCCGGGGGGCCGACCACCGUUGGCCGGCCCCACGCCCACACGCCGCAACCCACGGGGAAGGGCAGGCUUUCUUCACGUCUGAUUGCAAAAUGUGGGCCCAAGCCCCUCAGACCCGGGGGGCCGGCCACCGUUGGCCGGCCCCACGCCCACACCGCUGGACCCACAGGGGGAAGGGCAUGCUUUCUUCACGUCUGCUUGCAAAAUGUGGGCCCAAGCCCCUCAGACCCGGGGGGCCGGCCACCGUUGGCCGGCCCCACGCCCACACCGCUGAACCCAGAGGGGGAAGGGCAUGCUUUCUUCACGUCUGCUUGCAAAAUGUGGGCCCAAGCCCCUCAGACCCGGGGGGCCGGCCACCGUUGGCCGGCCCCACGCCCACACCGCUGAACCCAGAGGGGGAAGGGCAUGCUUUCUUCACGUCUGCUUUCAAAACGUGGGCCCAAGCCCAUCAGACCCGGGGGGCCGACCACCGUUGGCCGGCCCCACGCCCACACGCCGCAACCCACGGGGAAGGGCAGGCUUUCUUCACGUCUGAUUGCAAAAUGUGGGCCCAAGCCCCUCAGACCCGGGGGGCCGGCCACCGUUGGCCGGCCCCACGCCCACACCGCUGGACCCACAGGGGGAAGGGCAUGCUUUCUUCACGUCUGCUUGCAAAAUGUGGGCCCAAGCCCCUCAGACCCGGGGGGCCGGCCACCGUUGGCCGGCCCCACGCCCACACCGCUGAACCCAGAGGGGGAAGGGCAUGCUUUCUUCACGUCUGCUUGCAAAAUGUGGGCCCAAGCCCCUCAGACCCGGGGGGCCGGCCACCGUUGGCCGGCCCCACGCCCACACCGCUGAACCCAGAGGGGGAAGGGCAUGCUUUCUUCACGUCUGCUUUCAAAACGUGGGCCCAAGCCCAUCAGACCCGGGGGGCCGGCCACCGUUGGCCGGCCCCACGCCCACACCGCUGAACCCAGAGGGGGAAGGGCAUGCUUUCUUCACGUCUGCUUGCAAAAUGUGGGCCCAAGCCCAUCAGACCCGGGGGGCCGGCCACCGUUGGCCGGCCCCACGCCCACACCGCUGAACCCAGAGGGGGAAGGGCAUGCUUUCUUCACGUCUGCUUUCAAAACGUGGGCCCAAGCCCAUCAGACCCGGGGGGCCGGCCACCGUUGGCCGGCCCCACGCCCACACCGCUGAAGCCAGAGGGGGAAGGGCAUGCUUUCUUCACGUCUGCUUGCAAAAUGUGGGCCCAAGCCCAUCAGACCCGGGGGGCCGGCCACCGUUGGCCGGCCCCACGCCCACACACCACAACCCAUGACACAAAGAUACACUCCAUAACAGCAAACCGUCUAGCCUCUGGACAAAUCUAGCCAUUUCUGUAGUCAAUGAUUCCAUUAUAUUGUGAUAUUUUGAAGCUAAAUUCAUAAAGUAAGCAAUAGCAACAUAUCAUUUCAGCAUAUAGAACGACUUCUUAUGUCUCCUUGGUUGUAUAACAUGCAUUUAUGGUGCUUUAUUUGGAUAAUAAUAACCUGAUAUGAUGUGUUAUAUGCUUUUCUUCAACAAGUCCAAUCCAAGAAAUCUGCUUAUUUCAGCAGUGGUUGGCCCGUUUGGCUUUGAUCAGUGAGACUCUUCUGUGUUCAUGUUGGGUCAAUAAGACAUAAGAUAUAACUGAAGUCACAGUCAGCAUACAGCAUUACCAGCUUAAAAAACAGUGGUGUAAAAACACGGCUCGAGUCCGAGGACUGAAGAGGAGGUAGUUUGACAGUUAAAAAACUAUACAGUGCGAAAUACUAUUGGCCUGUCAAGCUAUUCUUAAAUAGGCUACAAACGACCACACAGACCUAUAAUGCUUUUUGGAGGGGGAAGGUUUUAAGGCUCUGAUGUUAGGCACAUGUUUCCAUGCAGUUCCACUGCAGGUAAGACUAGUGUGUUCUUCAGGGGUAAUUAAAGUUCUCCUGCAGAUGACCUGGAUAGAGGGAAAUGACUUCAGUUCGUUGGUAUACAUACAGUUUAAGUAAACUUGAGGAAGUACAAUUAUGAAAGAUAUAGUGUGUAAUGUAGUAGAAAGUAAUUCAAAGUAGAAACAAAGCAGAAAUGUGGAUUCCAAAGGAAACAUGAAGGCAUUAUUAAGUAAUUGUUUUUAAUAGCAUAAGAGAUUCUGAGUGAAUUGAUUCUCUACUUCUUACUCUGCGUAAGAUUAUCAUCACAUGCUCUCGACUACACCCGCACAAGGCAAUGGUACAGUAAAAGAAGACAAUUUUGAGAAGUGGUAAAGGCCAAGGUGUCCCACUUCUUUCAGUGAUUCCGCGUGCGCGGCCAGAGGGCGAGGGGAACAGCAAGAAACAGUUUCCACGAGACGGAACUUGCGCCCACUCCUUGAAAGCAGCCGCAAAGGCACACGCCCUGACGGGCAAUCGGCAACGUCCGUGUGCGCGGACAGUGGGCAAGGGGAACCAAAGGCGGCCGUUCUGCCGCCACAUCGUUGAGUACACUUCCUUUUAAGGUGAAUGGGACACUGUCCCACAGUCUGUGAUCACUCCACCCUCGUUAUUACCAACAGACCAGCAAGAAACAGUUUCCACGAGACGGAACUUGCGCCCACUCCUUGAAAGCAGCCGCAAAGGCACACGCCCUGACGGGCAAUCGGCAACGUCCGUGUGCGCGGACAGUGGGCAAGGGGAACCAAAGGCGGCCUUUCCGCAGCAACAGCGUCAAUCACAACCUCUCAGGGUGAUGGGAGACUGUAACACUGUCUUUGAUCAUUCCACCCUCUUCUAUUGUUUUACCCACAGGCCAGCAAAAAACAUUUACCACUCGGCGAAACGUUCUGCCAACACCUUGAAAGCAGCCGCAAAGGCACACGCCCUGACGGGCAAUCGGCAACGUCCGUGUGCGCGGACAGUGGGCAAGGGGAACCAAAGGCGGCCGUUCCGCAGCAAUAGCGUCAAUCACAGCCUCUCAGGGUGAUGGGAGACUGUAACACUGUCUUUGAUCAUUCCACCCUCUUCUAUCGUUUUACCCAAAGGCCAGCAAAAGGCAGUUCCCACUCUGGGUAACCUGCGCCCACACAUUGCAAGCAGCCGCAAAGGAACACGCCCUGAAGGGGGAAUUGCAUAUACCUCUAGACUCUGGCGUCACGUAGUCCGAGAGGCAGCAAAAAGAAAAGAAAAGUAAGGGGAAAAAACAAAGGGCAGCAAAGACCCCACCCUGAGCCAGCCGGCCACAGUUGACCGGCAUGCAUCCCGGAGAAUUCGGCACGGCCCUCCCACAAAGUUUUUUUUUUUCCGACUUAAGCCUCUACCCACAGCAACACUCCACCACCCCAGGGGAAGGCCGUGUACCUCUUCUAUCGUCCUGCCAACAAGCCAGCAAAAGGCUGUUCCCACUCUGGGUAACCUGCGCCCACACAUUGCAAGCAGCCGCAAAGGAACACGCCCUGAAGGGGGAAGGGCAUAUACCUCUAGAGUCUGGCGUCACGUAGUCCGAGAGGCAGCAAAAAGAAAAGAAAAGUAAGGGGAAAAAACAAAGGGCAGCAAAGACCCCACCCUGAGCCAGCCGGCCACAGUUGGCCGGCAUGCAUCCCGGAGAAUUCGGCACGGCCCUCCCACAAAGUUUUUUUUUUUCCGACUUAAGCCUCUACCCACAGCAACACUCCACCACCCCAGGGGAAGGCCGUGUACCUCUUCUAUCGUCCUGCCAACAAGCCAGCAAAAGGCUGUUCCCACUCUGGGUAACCUGCGCCCACACAUUGCAAGCAGCCGGAAAGGAACACGCCCUGAAGGGGGAAGGGCAUAUACCUCUAGAGUCUGGCGUCACGUAGUCCGAGAGGCAGCAAAAAGAAAAGAAAAGUAAGGGGAAAAAACAAAGGGCAGCAAAGACCCCACCCUGAGCCAGCCGGCCACAGUGGGCCGGCAUGCAUCCCGGAGAAUUCGGCACGGCCCUCCCACAAAGUUUUUUGUUUUUGCGAUUUAAGCCUCUACCCACAGCAACACUCCACCACCCCAGGGGAAGGCCGUGUACCUCUUCUAUCGUCCUGCCAACAAGCCAGCAAAAGGCUGUUCCCACUCUGGGUAACCUGCGCCCACACAUUGCAAGCAGCCGCAAAGGAACACGCCCUGAAGGGGGAAGGGCAUAUACCUCUAGAGUCUGGCGUCACGUAGUCCGAGAGGCAGCAAAAAGAAAAGAAAAGUAAGGGGAAAAAACAAAGGGCAGCAAAGACCCCACCCUGAGCCAGCCGGCCACAGUUGGCCGGCAUGCAUCCCGGAGAAUUCGGCACGGCCCUCCCACAAAGUUUUUUGUUUUUGCGAUUUAAGCCUCUACCCACAGCAACACUCCACCACCCCAGGGGAAGGCCGUGUACCUCUUCUAUCGUCCUGCCAACAAGCCAGCAAAAGGCUGUUCCCACUCUGGGUAACCUGCGCCCACACAUUGCAAGCAGCCGCAAAGGAACACGCCCUGAAGGGGGAAGGGCAUAUACCUCUAGAGUCUGGCGUCACGUAGUCCGAGAGGCAGCAAAAAGAAAAGAAAAGUAAGGGGAAAAAACAAAGGGCAGCAAAGACCCCACCCUGAGCCAGCCGGCCACAGUUGACCGGCAUGCAUCCCGGAGAAUUCGGCACGGCCCUCCCACAAAGUUUUUUGUUUUUGUGACUUAAACCUCUACCCACAGCAACACUCCACCACCCCAGGGGAAGGCCGUGUACCUCUUCUAUCGUCCUGCCAACAAGCCAGCAAAAGGCUGUUCCCACUCUGGGUAACCUGCGCCCACACAUUGCAAGCAGCCGCAAAGGAACACGCCCUGAAGGGGGAAGGGCAUAUACCUCUAGAGUCUGGCGUCACGUAGUCCGAGAGGCAGCAAAAAAACUGGUCUGUCUUUGAUGAUUCCCCCCUCCGAGUUAUAAAGGCACCCUCCGCGUAAGCGGGCAGAGGGCUAGGGGACCCAAAGGCGGCCGUCCCAUGACCACUGCGGCAACCACACCCGCUCUAGACAAUGGGACACUGAAAGAUGACAAUUUAGAGAAGUUCUGUCCCAAGUCGAGGUGUAUUAAUUCCAGUGGAUAAAGACAUCCUCAAAGGUUCAGAUGGACAGAUAGUAUACCUCUGUAAAGUGAGAGUCUGGCGUAUUCCUACACCUGAAAUGAUUAUCUGAAGUAUCCACAUCAAAUAUAACAGUGCUCUUUCUGUACAGGAGCUGCGAGGAUCUGUAGAAGACCAAACAGUCAUGGCUCGUGAUGGUAAUAUUUCCCCCCCCCCCCCCCAAAUAAAAAGGGAAUUGAAUGAAAUCCGAACAGAACACAAAAAGGAAGCUAUCUACCUUGGCUUUUAUGGUCUAAUUUUCCACAGAAUAUCCUUCAACCUCUACAGAGCCAGUAUUACAUGAGAGAAAACGUUUUGUAACUUCCGAAUACAGAGAUGGGCCAAAAGUAUAUUAAGUUCAACAGGGACAAAUGAA